ACAGGCGCCCACUGUGCUAGGGGAGAGCUGGAAGGAGAGUCGCAGGCUGAGCCAACCCACCCUGGAGCCUCUAUCCCGCCAGCAUCAUGGGCCACUGACGGAGGCAAAUGGUAGCAAGGAUCGGCUGCACCAGAUCUCACUGAACAGCAAUGGCAAGCCGGACCUGGAGACGGCUCCGUGCCGCAUGCACCUGGCCACCGUCAUGCUGGAGCUCAAGGCCCCGCUGUACCGGAGCGGUGAGGACAUCUUCAUCCCCAACUGCGACACCAAAGGCUUCUACAGGAAAAAACAGUGCCGGGCAUCCAAAGGACAGCGGCGAGGCCAGUGCUGGUGUGUGGAUAAGAUGGGUCACCCGCUGGCUGGCUCAGGGGGGCUGGAGGGCAACCCCCACUGCCCGCCCAACGGGAGUGACUGAGGGAGGGGGCAGGAGCGGGCUGGAGGGCUCCACCUGAAAGACGCUGCUGGAAGAAGAGCCCGAGGGCGUAGACGCUUUUGCCUUUAAUUUAUUACAUGGCACCGUGACUAUGGGGAGGAGCAGAUCUGAAGGUGGUGGGGAGGUGCUGCCCUGCCCCGGAUCUGCCUCUCCCUCCGGGGCCGUGUCCUCCCCCGCCUGCCCCAUCCACACGCCAGGACUCAGAGUCGUAACUAGCUCAUUUGGUGCCUGAGGCAAGACGGGCGGCGGCGCAGGCACGAGCGAGGACUGCGCAGUAGCUGCCUUUCCUGCGCCCCCUCAGCGCUGCGCCCCUCGCCUUUGGACUGGCUGGGCUCAGGGUGCCACUGGCCCCGGGACUCUGCUUUAGGGCCUGCUAGUGAAGAUGUUUUUCAAUAAGCUAUUGGGGGCUGCAGCAUCCCCUGGUGCUUCCAAUCCCCAGUUCAUUUCCUCCAAUGUGGGGUGCCCCGUUGGACUGGGGGAGGUGAGCUGCUUCUCUGGGUGGGGGACGAACGCAGCUGGUGGUGGAAGAGUGCUACUAAUGUUGGGUCCUGGGGGUGCUUUGGGGGACAGGCUGGAAACUGCCAGCAAGAGCUCACUCCUGCACCCCCAAUCUUGGGAGCUGCACCCCCACCUGUCCACACACCCGGAGCUGCAGUUGGGCACCAGUUAAGCUGGGAGAGGGGCAGAGGGAAGGGGAGGGGAGAAGGGAAAAGGGGGUUGGCUAAGGGCCAAGCAACUUUCCUUCCAUCACUUUCCCCUGAGCCGUUCCCUUCCACCACUACCCCCCCCCCACACCCAAGGAAAAAAGCUGCCGGCUCUCCCCAGCCUGGAGGGGAGAGUCCUGCGGCCAGCUAGGUGCUGGUGGUGGGGAGCUGGGGCACUAGUAGCUGUAGUGGGGAGGAGGGGCAAGGUUGUUGGCUUCCCCCACCCCACAGCUGUACUUUGCUGUCACUGCGCUGCGGCACCUUUAACUCCCUGCUCCCUCUGACGAGCGCUGGAUGCUUCUGGGAUAUUUUUAUUUCCAAUAAAGCCGAGUCUGGUUUUUGGAG